AUGGCGUUCCUGUGCCAGCCUGGAGCUGCCGCUGGAUCUUCCCAAGUGUUUAACUUCACCUUCAUCAACGACUGCAAGAAUGACAUCAUUCUGCAAGAUUGGGAUGUGAUCAUCCCUGCGAGCGGGUUCAAAGAGGUGCUUCACCUACGCCGCACUGGACUUCAAAGGAUAUCGUGGCGUUACCUGAGCGGUCCAUGGGACACCGAAUUCAUCGAGUUAAACGGAGACUGGGCGGGGGUAGGAACCCCAAUGUAUGGCCAUCCGAACUAUGCCUCCUGGGCGGGCUUUUCCAUGUCUAGCAGGUAUGAAGCCUUGGACCCCUCUGGCAGAUAUGCGUGUUCUGACGCAGCUGCAGAGCUUCGAUUUUCCGUAGCAACCUGCCCCUCUCAGAAAACCUUGCGUUACGCUUGUGACUUCUUCCCAACCCAAUUGAGCAUUCGCAACUGCUCCAGCAAGUUUGCGCUUUACAUGCAGGAGCAUUCUUGGGCCAUCAAUCCCAAUGGUACCCGCGCACGUGAAUAUGCGUCGACCCAGAACAUCAUCAACUAUUGGUGUGCUCCAGAAUCUUCAGACUGGAAGGGCUGGGGUGUAGGAUCAUUGAUCGAUUGCACCAACAGAGAUGUGCCAAUCCAUUUUCAGGUGACCACUUGCAUCAGUUGA